AAUGGAUCUAAGGAAGGCUGCUGCUCUGUGUCUGGGGCUGUGGAGUGCCUGGCUCUGGGCUGGACAAAAUUCUCAAGCUGCAUCUGUGCUACCCCCUUCACACAAGCUGCCAGGGGCAACUAAGAGGGACCUGCUUUCUGGGCACACAUUUGCCACUUUGCACAAGGACCCUAAGAACCACAUACUCUCCAGGAAAGAGCCCGUAGGGAAGGGCACAGUGAUACCCCACGACUACAUGCUGUCUCUCUACAAAAGUCUGUCCAGGAGAGAGCCCAGAGGGCUAAAGUCUAAUUUAACAAGAGACAAAGCAGUGGCCAACACUAUAACCAGCUUUGUAGACCAAGGAGAAGAUGGUGAGUCUCAUCCUUACUAUGACUAACUGGGCAUGGGGCAUGGCAUCAGAAAUACAACCCUUGAAAUCCCACUCCCAUUGUGCCUAGCUAACCUGGGGGGAUUGGUGUUGUGUCCCCCCCUCCCCAGACUGGGUGAUAAAAGCUGAUAAUAUAAUUUAUGAUCAUAGCUACAUUUUUCUAAUCAGUAACUAUAAUCAUAGUAGUGAUAUGUAUUAGUUCAAUUUAGCAUGUGUUGUAUUUACUCCAGAUCUGUUAUAUUGUAUCUCCUCCGAAAAUUGCUAAAUCUCUAUUAAUACUGGUACUCUGGUACCAAUCAGGGUCAUAGUAUGUAUUCUACUUGUGUGUGUUUGUGCAUGUUAGCAAACUAUUUUAUUUAGGUAAUCUCUAGGACAUUAAAAGUUCCUUCCUUCUAAACUCAUUAACAUGUUUAGAGUUUACAAGGAACAUCCCUUUCAUCUGCAGGAAGUCUCUGGACCUUGUGUCAGCAGAUAACAUCACAAGAACUUGGCAGUAGAUAAUGUAUUGUAGCAAUUGCUCUCAUUCCUAAAGGCAUGGGUUCUAGACAUUUAUAGGAAAUUUAUAUCUACCUGCUCAGCAACCAACUGCAAGGUAUCUCAGCUCCAGACAAGGAGAUCCUGCUGGGGAAUUCUGUCUUAGAUUUGAUAUUUAAGGGAUAGUCUUCUUCAGCUCUUCGAGUUGGAAUUGUCUGGACUGGAUGGUUUUUCCAGGUCAGUUUAUUACUAGUUUAAUGUACUCUGUGAGAAAUAUAAUUAUAUUCAUUUUAGAUUGAUGGGUAGAAGGUAUAGGAAGUAAGGAUGGAUGGAUGGAUGGUUGGUUGGUUGGUUGGUUGGUUGGGUGGAUGCUGGGAUAGCUGGAUGGUUGGUUGGUUGGGUAGAUGGUGGGAUGGAUGGAUGGUUGGUUGGAUGGUGGAAUGGGUCUAUUUCUUAAAGCUGAAGAAGGGCUUGGUACUGUGACUGCACUUGGACACAAUGCAUACUGAGCUUAUAAAAGGGAGAUAUGUUAUAGUGUUACGGUUGACUAUACAGUGACAAUGUAUCAAUGAAAUGUGAUUGUGUGAAUGGCAGGGGUUUAAGUGUAGUUGUUAGUCUAGAACAGCAUGUUGUGCAGUGGACUUAAUGAAAAAGAUACAUUUCCAGUGGAAGCCUUUGUGAUGGUGGGAACAUUCUCUGGGUAAUCACCUUGAAGAAAAGAAGAAAGCUUUGGACAAGUGCAUGGACAGAGCCAGACAGUCAUCGUUCAUUCUCCUAACUUGAGACUUGCUUGACCUGAUGCGCCUCCUGUUGGCUUUAUAUUGCAAUAAUUGAGUUUUUUGGUAAGAUGCCUGCUAAGCCUCACUUUGUAGCCAUGGAGAGUAUGGGAACUUACAGAAUUCCCACCAGCAUGCUUCCCCACCCCAGCAGACCCCUAUAUCCACCAGUCUGAAAACCUUCCGCAUUAUGACCUCCCUCUUCCUAAAGGCAUGCAGGGUCAAUGGCUCCCUCUGUCCAUGGGCAUGCAGGGUCAAUGCCUUCCUUUGUCCAUAGGCAUGCAGGGUCAAUGGCUUCCCCUAUCCAUAGGCAUUCAGGGUCAAUGACUCCCUCUGUCCAUAGGCAUGCAGUGUCAAUGCCUUCCUUUGUCCAUAGGCAUUCAGGGUCAAUAGCUCCCUCUGCCCAUAGACAUCCAGGACCAAUGGCUCCCUCUGUCCAUAGGCAUGCAGGGUCAAUGGCUCCAUCUGUCCAUAGGCAUGUAGGGUCAAUGGCUCCCUCUGUCCAUAGGCAUGCAGUGUCAAUGGCUCCAUCUGUCCAUAGGCAUGCAGGGUCAAUGGCUUCCUCUACCCAUAGGCAUGCAGGGCCAAUGCCUUCCUCUGCCCAUAGGCAUUCAGGGUCAAUGGCUCCCUCUGUUCAUAUGCAUUCAGGGUCAAUGGGUCCCUCUGUCCAUAGGCAUGCAGGGUCAAUGCCUUCCUCUGCCCCUAGGCAUUCAGGGUCAAUUACUCCUUCUGUCCAUAGGCUUGCAGGGUCAAUGACUCUCUCUAUACAUAGGCAUGCAGGGUAAAUGCCUUUCUUUGUCCAUAGGCAUGCAGGGUCAAUGACUCUCUCUUCCUAAAAGGCAUGCAGGGUUAAUGGGUUCUUCUGUCCAUAGACAUUCAGUGUUAGGACUUAUCACUGUCCAUAGGUAUCCAGUUCCAUGAUAAGCAGGAUCCAUAGGCACAGUCUCAGAACAUCAAUAUGUCCAUAGGUAGGUAGAGUCAGGACCUAGCUCUGCUCGCAAGCAUGCAGUGUCAAAACCUAUAUUUGCCCAUAGGCAUGCCAUUUCAAUACCUUAUUACACAUAUAACGUCAAAAGCCCUCUCUGCCCAUAAACAUGUGUCAAAACGUAAUUGUCCCCAUAGGCAUGUCUUCUCAAAACCUCUCACUGCCCAUAGACAUGUAGUGCAGGAGCCAGGACCCUUCUGACACAUAGAAGCAGGAAUAGACAUUUAGCUCAGCGUGAUGGGAGCUGCACUUCUUGAAAUGUUUAUCUUGGGUGUAUGCUAAGAGACCAGUUACGUUUCACAGAUCCCUGGCUAAGACUUCUGCUCGAUUUUAUGUCCCCUCCAGAUAUAUAAUGACAAACUGGCUUUGGGAUUCCCAAUAAUUAGACCCAGACAGACUGUGUGUUGCAUUGUGCUGUAUACCUUGGCAAAUAGACUUCAUUAACACCUUGCAGACUGCAUAUCUAGACAUAACAUUUCAAUAUUCUAAUUUUACCUCUGUGUCUCCCUGCACUCUAAUACACUUAAAUUCUAUCGAGAAGUAGUCUUAAUUCAAUUGCUUUUCUUUUUAUCCACUUUUUGCCAUAUGUAUUGUUUUUGAACACUUUGUUAAUUUUACUGGAGUGAAUGAAUGGUUCAAUAACCUUUAAAAAUAAAAACUCCUGUAACAGAAACAAGGAUAUAUAGAAUUUAAAAUAUAUUAAAACACAGACCAUUGUAGCAAUAAAAACUAUUCGGUGGCCCGUGUGGGUUAGAAUUAUAGAUGAUAUAUUUUAAGGCAUUCAAUUGGCGUUUACUCUGCACAAAAUGAAUCAACUUAAUUUAAUUCGUGCAAUAAUCCAAUUAAAGGAAUCGCAUUUUGGAAACCAGAAGAAAUGGAGUUUGAUGCUUUAUUUAAUGAAUUUAAUAAUAAAAUUAAAGAACAAUAAACAGUUAUCUUUAUUAAUUAUAUCUUUAUUAAACAUAGUUAUAUCUAAGAAAUAUAAAUAUCCAACAAUGUUAAUGUAGCCAUUAUUGUACUGCACUCAUAAUAUUUUUUAAUUCAGAAUAAGGCUCCCCUAAUAGACUUGUGUAGAUUUAUUGUGUGCAGUCAAUAAGAGCAAUAUUGACCUCCAAGGGCCAAUAAGUGGGGAAUAAACAUCAGUUUAUUAAACCAACCUCCAUCAAUUCUAGGAUUUAGGAAGUUAAGUGACAUUUUAGUAAAUACAUUUCCCUGUCUGUUAGAAGUUAUAAACAAGUUUAUUUCUUUAACAAUGUUACUUUGUAUCAAGGGAAAAUGAUGCCAAAAAAAUUAAAAUAUAAAUAAGUCCAAUGCAAUGAUGGGAAAAUGAAUAAUAAUAAUAAAUAUUACAAACAAAUAAAUAGUUAACAUUUUAUCCAUCAAAAUAUUUACAUGCAACAUAAUGCUUUGAAAUGUAGAAUGCUAAAAAUGAAGCAAGUGAUUAAGGUUUAUUUAUAUACUUUAUUUAGAGGAAGAUAAUAUUUUGCACAAUAUUUGAGACAAAGAGAUAAUGGGGAAGGUAGUGAUAUGAUAUAAUGUUUGAGAUAUUUUCAGAUCGUUUUAACCCCUCAUUUUGGGAGCGAUGGGGUUAAGAGGUGAAAUAUUCCCCCUAUCCCUUUCAGUUUAAAAUGAAACCAGAUGACCUCUUCAAAGAGUUCUCUUAUCUCGGCAAUGGAGGAAUUUUUAUUUCUCUUCAAACCCAGAGAUGAGUGAAGAAUAUAUAUCAGUUCUGGAGGGACUGUUACAGAGUGAAGUGGAUUACCGCACACUUCAGAACAAGUCUGCUGCAGUUUUUCUCCCCCAUAAUUUAAUGCAUCGCCCAUGCCUAUUAUAAUAUGGGCAAUGUUACAGGAAGGUGUCAUAUCCCUAUAGUGUUAAUAGAAAUUUAUCUGCCAGGGUUUCAAAUAGAAAUUCAUGGGAGCUUUUUACUGCACUCUGAUUAUGCCCACCUCCAGGUGUUAUCGACCAAGGGAGUGCUUUUACUUAAAAAAUACAAUAAUAUUUUUUUUUUUUUUUUAGUUUUUUUCAGUAGAAUAUGGUAGUUGCACUUACACACACCCGAUGGUUGUAUAAUAAAUUUUGCAGUAAUAAAUAUACAUUUUAUGUGAACUAUUUAUGUCACACAUUAAUCUUUAUGCCAUAGGAUUUCUGUCGAAAUAUCUUAUUUUAUAAUAUCGAUUUAAUUUACAUAACUCACUACUAUGGUUAAUUACUAAAAAUGAGAAUUCAAAGUUAAAUUUAAGGACACAAUAGUUAAACUGGGAAAAUUCACUAAGCUUGCUAUACUCUAGGUUUGGCUACUUUGGCCUUACAUUUGAAUUCUCCAUUUAGUAGCCCGUUGUACAUAUUAAUAGAUAACGUGCUAUUCAUUAACUGUAAAUCUUAAUAAUGUUGUCUAACAUAAUGGGAAAUGUAAUGGACAAGUUUUGCAAUAACCAGGUUUGAUAACAUUGUCCUGGGUAAAUGUGCCUUCGUGUCCUUCUUGGGGUGUCUUACCCAGCGAAGCAGCUAGUUUUUUUUUUUUUUUUAUCAAUUUCCAUUAUACACUAACUGUUGACAGCUGAACUGUUACAUAUUAUAUGUAGAUCUUAGUAUAGUUAUUGCAGAAUGGUGAAGGAUUGUGACAACAUUAAGACUGUUUGGUUCAUGUCUUCCAGAUGAUACUGUGUUGCCUUCUCCAGAACAGAUGUACCUGUUUGACACCAGCAGUUUACCAGAGAUGGAUGACAUUGUAAAUGCUGAACUUCGGGUUCUGCGAAGGUUUCCAACCAACACAAGUUCAGUGAUCUCUGAGACAGGGAACCUGGUCCAUUUCCAUGUAUACACCUGUCCUACCACCUGGGAGGAACCCAAGGUUCUAGAUUCUAGAUCAUCAGAUCUUCUGGACUCCACACGUUCUAAGUGGGAAGUAUUUCAAGUCUUGAAGGCCAUGGACAACAGGAAACAUCCUCUGUGCUUGAUGCUGAAGAUGACUUCUGACCUCACUGAGAAAUCUCUGCCACCUUUGCAACUGGGAUUUAACCGACAUGGAGAAGAGGCUAAUGAAAAGCCUUUGCUGGUGGUCUACUCCCACUCAAAGAGGAAGGAAAAUCUAUUUAAGGAGAUCAGGGACAAAAUUAAAUCAAUGGGAAACCCAAAAGUGCUGGAGCCACCAGAUUCUGGCCAGAGAUCCAUUACCAGAAGAAGAAGUAAAAGGUCAACCCUGCCCACAAGGACACAUAACGGUAAGGGUAAUGGGAAAAGGUCCAAAACUAGGUGCAGCAAGAAGCCACUCCAUGUAAAUUUUAAGGAGCUGGGUUGGGAUGACUGGAUCAUAGCACCGUUGGACUAUGAAGCUUAUCACUGCGAAGGUGUUUGUGAUUUCCCCCUCAGAUCCCACCUAGAGCCCACCAAUCACGCCAUCAUACAGACAUUAAUGAACUCCAUGGACCCUGAGUCCACACCACCAAGCUGCUGUGUACCCUCCAAACUCAGUCCAAUCAGUAUUUUAUACAUAGACUCUGGCAACAAUGUAGUCUACAAACAAUAUGAAGACAUGGUGGUUGAGAGCUGUGGGUGUAGGUAGCAGAUAUUCUAAUUAAAUCCCAGACCAGCAAUGUUGCAUAUGGAUUUUUUUUUUAAAUCUCUUUUUAGUGCUGGUUCGUUAUGACCAUCUUUAACACCCUUCUUGCUGCUUAUAGGAAAAAAAAAAAAAGAUAAAGAGAAUUAAUCAGUAAAUCGUGAUAAGAUAAAUACCAGGGUCAGUGACUGAUGUUUUCCACACAUGAAAAGCACUUUCUGUGACAGGUUUUGCAUAAAUGGACCUUUACAAUAGCCACAAUCUCCAAGAUAUUCUAUAAGUGUUGCAAGGUGUAAUUGCUAUAAACAUGUAUUUGGGUAAAUGUUUCAGCUCUGGACAAUUCUCACAAAAAUCUGAAAUAUCCCUUGCAAGUGCAAAUUUAUAAUAAAUAUAAACUCC